AUGGAAGACUCUCCAAUGGUCGAGGAUAUUGCUCUCGAGACUCCAGUCCCGGGCGCCUUUGUUCCCCCUUCCAUCAACGAAAAGGCCAUUCUCUCAGGCGACUCAUACACAUACUUCUCCCCAGUUCCCUCAACGCUUCUCCCACCAGCCUCAUCGACAAAAACCAGCACGCCUGACGAAUCAGAUUCACCAGCAGCGUCCGGCACUCCAGUCUGCUUAGGUGUCGAUGAGGCCGGCCGCGGACCGGUCUUGGGACCCAUGGUGUAUGGUGUCUUUUACCUACCCAUUCCCCUCUCGGAUCCCUUACUCCGUGAGACCCAUCACUUUGACGACUCCAAAGUGCUUACACCGGCCGUCCGCUCACAACUCAUGACGGCUCUAUGUACGCCGGGCUCCGACCUGGCCGAGACUUGCGGCUUCGCCAUCUCAGCACUCAGUGCCCGAGAUAUCUCAUCAGGCAUGAUGCGCCCGGGGGCUAACUACAACCUCAACGCCCAGGCCAUGGAUGCCACGGUUGACUUGAUCAAGGGUGUCUUUGCCCAGGGCGUCAACAUCCAGGAGAUUUACGUCGACACCGUCGGUCAGCCCGCCGCCUACCAAGCGAAGCUCCAGCGCUUCUUCCCCGCAACGAAGAUCACAGUCGCGAAGAAGGCAGACAGUCUCUACCCCUGCGUGUCAGCCGCUUCUGUCACCCGUGACGUUGCCCUUGAGGUUCUCUACAAGGGGCGAGCCCCUGAAGCUGCGGCAGAGGGAGAGGAGGGCAUGGCUUGGGGUUCGGGAUAUCCAUCAGAUGGACGAUGUGUGUCAUGGAUGAGAUCUAACAUGCACCCGGUGUUUGGAUGGGGUCCCGAAUGCCGAUUCAGCUGGGGCACGGCCAAGGACAUGCUCGAGGCAAAGGGAAACCCAAAGGUGGAAUGGCCGGUCGAAGAUGACGGCGAUACCGCGCGGAUGACAGACUACUUUGCGUCAGGGAACAGGGAAGAAGAUGGUGAUGAAUUGGGGACUUGGUUUGGCAGGCCGGCUGGCCUAGAGGCGUUUUAG